AGGACAUGUUACAGUACCGACAGUAAAGAAGCUUUUCCUGGCGGUUUAACUAAAGAAAAAGCAAAAAAAGUGGCAGAAAAACUCACCACAGACGAACGAGAUUUUUUGUUAAAAGCCCUAAAAGAAUGUAAAUCAGAAGAAGACAGAGUUGAAUAUCAACGACAAUUAGCUGCCUUUCGAUGGUGUAAUAAGCUUGGAAGGCCUAGCAAAAUAACAUCAUUAGGUGAUGUGGAUCCAACAGGAAGUUAUUGCCCUGUACCUGAGGAUUGGCUUAUGCGCAAUUUAAAAUAUUUCCUUCCAUCGCAUUCACAUGGACAUCACUUUACAACUACAGAGCCACACUUAGUUGAAACUGUUCCAGAACCAUCCAUGAAAGAACUAAUAUUAGUUGCAAUUUCAAAUGCAAUACCAUUCAUCGGCUUUGGUUUUCUUGACAACUUCAUCAUGAUUGUUGCUGGUGAUCAAAUUGAAAUAAUGUUAAAUAAAAGAUUUCCAAUAUCAACUAUAGCAGCUGCAGCAUUAGGAAAUACAAUAUCUGAUAUAAUAGGAAUUGGAUCUGUACAUUAUGUAGAACGUUUUGCACAAAAAGUUGGAUUUGAAGCACCAAAGCUUACUCCUAUACAGUUAAAUCUUAAAAAGACAAAAGCAGCUGCAAAUAUGGGCCGAGUUAUUGGAGUUACAAUUGGCUGUAUUAUUGGGAUGGCACCUAUUCCUAUUUUUUCCUAUUUUCACCAUGCUGGUUGAAGUUAUGAAUAAUAGAUGCUUCAAUAAUUGUAAUAUUACAACAGAGGUAUCUCCACCUUGCACAAUAUGUCAAAGUGUAGUGAUAGAACCAACAAAAAUAUUCACUCACAUUAUUAACUGAACUAAAAGUUAUAUAUAACUAUUUACAAUAUUAAUUUAUGACAAUCAUAAAAUUAUGUAAUAUAAUUUAAUCUCCAUAAUGUAUGUAUUUAAUGUAAUAAUAUGUGUAAAAUAACUGUACUAUUGACAUUAUUUAAGCAGCAUUAGCAAUAGAUAUAUGUAUUAUUUAUGUCUUCUAUUUUAAUAUUAUUAUUUCCCCAUGAGUUAGAUCUAAGGAUUUUGAGGAUUAGAAUAACUUUAGAAACGAAUUUUCGUUUCACGUUCUUUAUUGGAAAAAUUGAGUUGUUAGUAUAGAGAUUGUUUAUGAAUUUACAAGUUAGUACAAAAAAUAUAUAUUUUUCUUUUCUAUAAAUCUUUCUAAUAAAGACUUUUUGCUUUAUAAAAUUUUUCAUUUUUUCAAUAUAUAACUUUCAGUGUUGAUGAUCAACAGUUAUUUUUUUAACAUAAUUUGCAUAAUAUCUCCAAUCUCGCAACACAAUCUUUAAAUCUAUACCCAGAAUUUGUUUCCAAUUUAUAUUCAUUAAAAAUUCAUCAGAAUUCCGUAUUAAUGUAGUAACGUCAAGUAAAAACUUAGUACUUGUCAUUAAUGUAUUUGUUACGUUUAAUUUUAUCGUUUGUUCCGUACAAUCGGUAUUUUGGUUCCAAUCUUGAGUAUCCUGUAACCAGAUCAUAGCUGGAUUUAGCCACCAUUUCCAGCCUAUAUUUUCAAUUUCAUCAGAUUCGAUAUUUUCACUGUUUCGUUUAGUUUGAUUGCAAUUCAGUGUAUUAGACAUAAAAUCGGCUGUAAAAACAUUUUCUGGCAAAGUUUCAAUAGCUAUUUCUGUUACAUCAAUUACUGGGUUCAAAUCUGUUUUUAUAAUGUCUGUAGAAUUUGUUAUUUGUUUGGGACUAAGCAUUGUCCCUGGGAAGUAACUUGCAACUAAAGCAGAACCCAGAAGGGUGACUAUUCCUGCAGUGUAUGUUGCCAAACAAAUAGAUGAUAUAUUUAUCAUAGCAUGUGCCACUGUUAUUAACUGCAUUGAAUUCAUUAGACAGCUUAAUUCUGUAUAUGAAAACCACCCUCUUUUCUGUGCUUCUUUAUAAGCUAUAUCUUUUUCUAGCUUCUGCAACCUUUCCCAAAAGUCCUGAUUGUGAACAAAAAUAGUCCAGUCCUAAAUAGAAGGUUUCAAUUAUUAAUGUACUAUAUUGUUAGCAUAUUACAUAAUGUACUUGAUUUGCUUACAAUAGCUUUAAGAAACUCUUUUUCUAACUGAUUUAUAUAUGAUAUACUUAAACCACCAGAUUGUGCCCAUUCUGUAUUAAACACUUCAUCUUCUUCUCCUUCAUCAUUCAAAAAUUUACUAGCAACCAUCUGUAGAACAAAGGAGAUUGGUUUUAAGUAACAAUAUUUUUUGAAACAAUGUAAUUUUAUAUAACAGACAAUAUAGAUGAAGUACCAAAGAAACAAGGAAGAGAUCAGAAGGUGCUACCCUUUCAAGAUAUUCUGGAUUACAGUCUUUUAAUCUUUCUAAGUACAAUAAUGCCAAAACAAGGGAACAUGGUGAAACACAUGCAUUUCUAGAAAUUUUACUUGCUUCUUCCACAUCUAAUCUUUCAAGUGUAUGACCACUCUUUACUUCAGUAAAGAAUUCUGCUGCCAGUUCUAAGAAUAAAGUUUAAUUAUAUAAUUCCCAAUGCUGCAAAGCAUUUAAUUAAUUGUACAGUAUUAUUAAUACAAAUAACUCUUCUCCAAUCUAUUCUUUUUUUAAUUUUCUGUACCAAAUAAAUAAAACAUAUGAUGCUGAAAAGAUACAUCUUAUUCAUAAUUAAAAGUUUCUAAGAUUAUUUUGUUUCUAUCAUAAGAUGAGACUAUGUAAUAAUUUUUUAUUUGAAUGUAAAAUAUAUAAAUAAAAAAUCUGGAAUGUUUAUACUAACCAGUAACAGGUAAACUGAGGCAAUCAGUCCCUGGUAACUUUGAAUAAUAAAGCGACUUUGAUAUAC